ACUUUUUGCUUUAGGUGUGGCCCAGUUCGGAUUCUCCAAGAGGUGAAGCAGACGGACAGAGCUUCGUUUUUCCGACAUGUGCCGAGGACGCUACGUCACAGAGCUCCACAUGCCUGGAUAAUAACCACCACCAUGAUUCUGGGAUUGACUCGAAUCAGGUGUCUCCGUUACCAUCUACGGCCGGUGCCUCAACAUCACCAGUACAAUCGCCUACCCCAAGUCUGCGAAGACCGAGCAGCGCACUACUACAUCCCGACCACGCCAGACUUCUGCGACUAUACCCCAUAUCUUCACCUGUCCAAAGUUCCAUGGAAGACGUAUCCGAGACGCAGAGCAACAACAACAAUCAACUAGCUUCGCCUUCAUCUUCAACCACGUCGUCGCUAACCUCAGUCGCCGCCGCAGUAGCCGCCAGCAACUCCCGAGCUAGCGACUCUUCCGACAGCAGACGGAGAUCGUCGACGAUGACAGCGAGAUACUCUCUCUUCGACGCUCUAGACCUGGAAUACGCUUUACUACGCGCAGCUGCCAGGGGCAGCGUAGGCCCGUACUCACUCAGUGAAAGUUUGCACAAACUGACGUUCACGCAAAGCUUGGCCUUCCCCGCGCUGGCCAGAGGUUUGGCGGGGAAAAGGAGAAGGUCGCAGCAGCACAGCAGCAGCAGGCCACUAGAUCCAUCGGAGAGCGGCUUGAAUGCUUUCGCUAAAGUUGUCACAGCUCUCGUACUAGUUCUAGUCAGUGUCUUAGUGUUCGCGGUUGUUUACAAGUUCGUUAGGACGUGA